AUCAACAUUUUAUCAAGAGAGACAGUCAAGAAUAAUAAUGAAUAGUCAACGUAUUUUAUCAGCCGUUGCUCCUGACUGCAUGAAUUAUAUAAGCACAGAACAACUAGAGAAUGCUUUAUGGACAGAGACUGGAGCGUUGUUGCGUGAGCAGUUUAUUAUUUUUAAAGAGAUUAUUGCAGUUCUAACAACAAUGGAGGAUGAAGAAUACAGUAAUGAGAACACACAUGAGUUAUAUCAUGAUUUAAGAACAUUGCGAUCCGAUUCACAGCAAUUAUUAUGCGAAAUUUACAUAGCAAUUGACCUAUCAGGAAGUCCAGUUCCUGAUCGUGAACUUUCUGCUUCUAUACCCCUGUGUAUUGCUACAGGACGUUUAGAUAGAUACGAAAGGGACUAUUUCCUUAUCAAUAGAAUUAAGAGUAUAUCAAAGUUGUUGCAGAACCAAUAUAUUGAACUAUAAUUUAUCAAAUUGCUUCAAAGUAUCAAUGUCUGCAUUCUUACCUUUAAAAAAAGUAAUGGGGGAAAUUUCGAUUUUUUAAAGGAUUUAUCAAAGGAGUGGGG